UUCCAUUUCUUGAGACUGACAUUUUUGCCGACGAAUCAGAGAGCUGGAUUGUCACGGCCUGUCCGAGCGGUCCGCCAUUGCUCCGCUCCGAGAUCUGAGAGGAGAAGUCAGCACAUUGAGUGUUUCACACUCACGCUUUCUGGAGCAGAAGCGAUGUUUGAUGGUUUGAUUUCCAGCCUCCUUCAGACCAGCUCGUCCACCCACAGCAUCUGGGCAGCCCAGUGAUGGAGAGCUGGUCCAGGCGGUAGCUGACCAAGGGCAACGAGUGGGAACAGCUCAUUGUUCGGCUGGACAUCUGGCAUCUGAUGCGCCGCUUCGCUUCAGGUGUCACCACAGAGAGCCACGAGCUGUAUCCCACCUUCAUGAGGCAGCUGUCUUACUGCAUCUUCGAGAUGGACGCCGAAGAUGCUCGCCGUCUCGUGGGAGCAAAGCGGUCCGAGCUGGAGAGGACGCACGGGAUGGUCAACCUGACGGACGCUGAUGUGAUCCAGCGGAUCAGCAAGGAGGAGUGGAGGCUCCACUGCCGCAGGAGGACGCGUGGAGCCGAGGAGUCGACGCUCCUCAUCCAAAACCUCCCGGACGCCUUCCAUUGUGUUGUGGUGGAGGUGAGUCCAGACAUCCACAUCUGCGGCUUGUGCAAACAACAAUACAACAACUUUGAGGUUUUUCUUGCCCACAAACAAAACGGUUGUUUCUUUCCCAACCCGAACACUGCCACGAGCGCCGUGACAACAGCUUUCACAGACUCUAGCCCGGGGUUCGUUGUGGGCGAGGACACCUACCAGACCUGCGUUGUGAGAAGUGUGAAGAAGACUUUGACCAAAUCUCAGAAAACACCUUGUAAAAAGUUGAAACCAGCCGUGGCUUCUAAAAGACACUCGUGUUGUUUUUCAGGUUGUACCUUCAAGACACAAUAUGGACAAAAAGACAUGGAUCGCCACCUUAAAACUCACACCGGUGAGAUGAUGUCAGACACUGCAGGAAGUAUGGAAGGCCAAAGUUCAGAACUUGCUCCACUUCAAUUGAAUUUUGAAUAACUGCUUGAAACUUCAACUAGAAUUGGUUGCAACACAAUAAAAUCAAGAUCUACGAGGAGGAAUAGUUGACAUGAUCACCAUUCAUAGAUGCUGGAAAAUCUUACUCACCUUGAAAGUGCUUGAAUUUGAUUUUGGAGAAGCGCAAGAGCGGAUCUGAUACGUACAGCUCUGAUUGGUGACAAGAGGAGCUGCUGGUCUUUUGACAGCACCACCUUACCUAACGCUCCCUGGAACGUGUGGUUUUAACAUCUCUGCCCGUGUGUGAUCGUCUCUCCCUUGUGGAACCGAUGGAGAAGUAUAAAUUAGGCUUCAGGGUAUGGAGCUGGUCCAGCGUUCCAUGGCCAGGAUGAAACCAAACCUCCUCCUGAAUCCGAGGUUCGACUGUCCGAUUGACCCUCCUCUCCCGAACCCCAGAAUCUAAACUUCAUUCUAAAAGUGAUUCCAUUUCCAAGGAAGGUUUAAGAUUGAGGAGAAAAAAAUGCCAAAUUCAGAGUUUUUUUUUUAAACUGUAGUAAUUUAGAGAGAGCUCUAGGGGAUUUAUGUACAUACGUACAUUAGUACUCUGGUCAGAUCAAAUGGCUACGGCUGCAUUUCUGAAGAACAGGGUGAAGGUGACUGGAUGACCCAGUCCAACACCUGUGGGGAAUUCUGAAGCAGCAAGUUGAGCAUCCCUCUCCAUCCAUUAUCCAGGCUCUAAGAGAGGUUCUUCUUGCAGAGUGGAAACAGAUUGUCUCCAUCUUGUUUAUUCUGUCUUAUUUAUGCUGUCCUUGAAUAUCACGUUGGUCAUCCCAGUACUAGAUUUAGUAGUUUUUGUUGGGGGCUGUAUUCUUUUUUGCUUCAACAAAUUUGAGUCAAACUGAAGAUUUUGUAUUAUUAACCUUAAUUUCGUGUAAUGGAGCUAAACACGUGUUUGAUAAAAGCCAGCCGUGUUAGCAUUCUGGAAAUUGUUCUUUUGUUAUUUGAGCUGCUGAUGACACUCGUACUUUUUAAAAGGGUGUACUCAUUCACGUUGAGCACUGUAUAAACACUCGAAACAUGAAAAAAUAUGUAUCUUA